ACCUAUCGAGCCGCGCCGUUAUUGGCAGAGGCCCACGCCCGUCGGAGCGGCGGGCCUCGCCAUUGGGUGGUUCGGUUCUGCUCCCCGCCCCCCAACGCCUCGCCCUCUCAGUCAUCUCCUCCCCUCCCGGCUCUUCCUUUGCCCCCUUUCCCCGCCCGUUCUCGCCGCAUCUCCCGUGUCCAGCUGGGCGGGGACUGCUGUACGACUCUGUAAAGUCUGUGAGUCACUGCACAACCCAUCAAUCCAAUUAAAUGUCUUGAGCGAGCCGAGCAGGCGGUGCCGCCGCCGCCAGCCCCGCCGCGGCCGCCCCUGCUCAUAGCGCCCCUCUGAUCCAUGGCUGUCUGUCUGUACUUGUUACGGUGUAACCUCCUCCUCCUCCUCCUUUCCCUCCUCCUCCUCAGGAGCCGCUGCAACUUCCCCUCAGCCAGCCUCCUCUGCUUGGGGACUGUAAAGGCAUGGGAUAGACCCAGAGCCACUCUGUCUCCCCUCCAACCCUCGCUCAAUUUCCUCCCCUUUUAAAUUAAAGUCUGUUCCUCGCUCCUCGUUUUAGAGAUUUAUUUGUCAGUCUAUUAUUUCCCCUGAUUUUUAUAUUUCCCUCCCUGGGGCAGGGGGUCGCAGGGGCCAGAGGGUUUAUUUUAGGGAGGGGGCUCUCCACCCCCACCCCCACCGCCGCUUCUCCCUUUUCGGUUGUGCCUUGAUUGCUCUGCUGCUCUCGGCUCCCACCCCUGGAACUCACCGUCCUGCACUGGAGUGACGCACCGACACCCCCCGCCCACAGCCCAGACUUCCCCUCCCUCGCUGCCGCCCCAACCCGUCUCGGAGCUGGACCCGGUGCCGACUUCUUCGCAGAAGGAACCAGUGCUGAUCCUAACUCGGUGACAUGGCAGAUUAAGAAACUAAAAGAUAUAUGUUGGGUAAAGGAGGAAAACGGAAGUUUGAUGAGCAUGAAGAUGGGUUGGAAGGCAAAAUCAUGUCUCCCUCUGAUGGUCCAUCUAAGGUGUCUUACACCUUACAGCGCCAGACUAUCUUCAACAUUUCCCUUAUGAAACUCUACAACCACAGGCCCCUCACCGAGCCCAGCUUGCAAAAGACCGUUUUAAUCAACAACAUGUUACGGCGCAUCCAGGAGGAGCUCAAACAGGAAGGCAGCCUGAGGCCUGUGUUCACCUCCUCCUCCCAGCCAGCUAACUCCCUGAGCGACAGCUACCGGGAGGCGCCACCCACCUUCAGCCACCCUGCGUCCCCGCCCCUGCACCCCUGCGACCUCGGAAGCACUACACCCCUGGAGGCCUGCCUCACCCCGGCCUCCCUGCUCGAGGACGACGACGACAGUUUUUGCACUUCCCCGGCUGUGCAGCCUGCGGCUCCUACCAAACUCUCACCUCCAGCUCUCCCGCCAGAAAAGGACAGCUUCUCCUCCGCCCUGGACGAGAUUGAGGAGCUCUGCCCCACAUCUACCUCCACAGAGACGGCGGCCGCGACUGACAGCUUGAAACCCAGCGAGUCCAGUGCCCCGAAACCCGAGGGGCUCCCCGAGGGCCGGCCCGACGACCCGAGGCUGAUGGACUCUCUGCCCGGGAACUUUGAAAUCACAACGUCCACGGGGUUUCUCACAGACUUGACCCUGGACGACAUCCUCUUUGCCGACAUCGAUACAUCGAUGUAUGACUUUGACCCCUGCACGUCCGCGUCAGGGACAGCCUCAAAAAUGGCCCCUGUGUCGGCCGACGACCUCCUCAAGACUCUGGCCCCUUACAGCAGUCAGCCCGUCACCCCGAGCCAGCCUUUCAAAAUGGACCUCACAGAGCUGGACCACAUCAUGGAGGUGCUGGUCGGGUCCUAAGGCCUGGGGCCCCGGGGCCUCUGCACGCCCCGCCCCUGCAAGCGUUCCCUUGCCCUGAUAGCUCUCCGCACUGUGCAUGCACCCUUGCUUGCCUUUUUCAGAGAAAAAGAAACGUUUUACAAAAGGAUCACACUAGUUUUUGCUUUGAGCAGAGUUGGAGUGCCUUCAUCCUAGUAUGACCACUUUUAAUAAUGCUUUUUCGAGUGGUUUCUCAGAGACCUACUACCCUGGAAGAGGAAAGAAUACGUUGGAAGACAAUGUUGCUUAUGUUGAAUGACAGAAAUAAACAGUUCAAGUGAAGCACAAGGAAUAAGUUGGAAAAGCUGUAAAUUGCAUGUGCAUAUUGGUCUAUUUUUUCUAUAAGUUUUAUUGCAAGAGGUAAAAAAAGGAAAAAUAUAUAUUAUUAUUUAGAUAAUCUCAGUACUUUUUCUGGCAUUUUUGCCCUGUUAUAGGUUGACUUGGCAAUUCAGCCUUUUUAGAGGCAUUAACUACUCCUCAUAAGUGUUGCAUUUACAUGGCUGUUUAGAAACUGCUGCCCAAAUUUAUUUUAUAUUUUUGUACAGAUUCUGCAGUUUAUGAUAUUGUUUUUCUAAAAACAAAUGCUGUUUAUACAUAUGAGAUAGCUAUUUUGAUAGGAUUUGCUCACAUAGUUCCUGCAAACUUCAGAUGUGCAAGUUGCACUUGUACUUUUAUAGAGCUGUAAUGUUUUAUAUGUGUUUGGUGCAACGAGAAAAUUGGAUCAAAUCAAUCCACAGUUGUCCCCAAAUGUGCACACGUGUGCGUGCGCGCGCGCGCACACACACACACACACACACAGCUUUAAGAAAGGGCCAGGCGCUAUCACACCCAAAUUUCACAAGCACUGACCCCCUGGCAUGAACACCCGCCAGCACUGUGACUUCCAAGCCAGAACCACAUUUGCUUAUCAAACUUGCAUGAAGCAGUUGGCGGGAGAUGGCCAUUGAACUGGGGCUUCAGUGAUGGUUCUCUUCAGCUCCCUCUCUUGAGGGGACGACUACCGAAUACUCACAUGUAUUUAUGCCAAGUUUGCGCUUUUAAGUAUUAUUUUUUAAACAAAAACCCAAAUAUUUCCUUUCUGGCAUAAUUUUUAUGAUGACCUGAAGUUUUACAUGCAGACAACAUUUUAGGAAAAGCAAGCAACAUCUUCAUGGAACUAAACCUACUGCAGUGCUUAGGCUUGGGAAGGAGGACAUCUCCCCCGGAAGGCAUCCAUCAUGUUGCUCAGUUGUCUUCCCCAGCUUCCCUUCCCUAGGGCUUUCGUUCCCUUUGUUGCUAAGUGCUGAAAAUGGCAUCUUCCUGAUCACCACAGUGAGCUUGGCUCACUUCGGCCCAGCCCGGGAUGCACUCUUACAACAUCGGUGGCUCUUGAACCUGGAGUUGUUCCCAUUGCGUCAUGGCUUCCGAUCCAGUUGCUUUCUUGAAUCAGCUGCUUUAACUACACUCUACAAGGCUGUUUUACCCAAAUACAGAGAAAGGACUUUCUAUGCAUGGUUCCUGCCCUCUUGCAGCCCUGACCCUUUCUUCCCUCGCACCCCCCAGGACACUUGGGAAGUAGCUUUUUAUCUCUAGUGGUGUACAUUUAAUUUUGAAACCUUUGUAAUGUAUCAUGCUUGUUGCCGAAACUGUGGCCUGUUUCGUUUCAGUUUUUUCUUUUCUUCCAAUGGUACUUUAGCUGGUUACAACCUAUAUUGUUGAAAUGCAGAUGGCUUCUUUAGGAAUAACUUUUAUAUUUAUUUAAGAAUUUUUAAAUUAUGGGAUUUGUGUUGUUGUUGUCUUUGUUGUUGGUCAUUUGUCAAUAUUCAGUCACCAAUUCUGCUCACUUCUUGCCAUGGAUACAGUUGAGUUUUUUCUGGCCAAUUAAAAAAGACAGCUUUAUAAAAUGGCACUUUAAACAAGUCAUAGACCAUUUUAUUUUUAUAAUGCACAUGGCAAAGCAAAUACAUUUGUGAUGAAGGAACUGCUCACCUAAGCAAAAGAUUUGUGUAUAUGAUUACAUCUUUCUCUGUUCUGAUUUACUUUUUCCCCCCACUUGAAUGUGUUUUUAAAGACUAAUUAUCAACUCAGUGGAGCAGUGAGAAACGGAUCAAACUGCACUUGUUCUCCUCCAAGCAGCCUCCACCUGGGCACCUCUUACUGCUGUGAGUAGGUCAUUUCCCUUGACAGGGCCGGGGACACCUUGUCAAGGUGAGCGUGAUUAUAGAUGCUUCCAGUGUCCUUGUGCCUGUCUGUGUUAGGAGCUUCCUUUUCCUGUGGAGAAUAGGUCAACCCAGACACCAUGCUCUUGAUAACUGGAGGAUCUGGCAAGCUUGCCACAUGCCACACACGUACACAUACGUGUACAUUCACAAUAGUGUUGCUUAUUCUGAACAAUAACAGGGUAAGGCAGUUGAUUUGCCAUUGUUAAAAACUGAUUUACAGUAACUUAGAACAACUGUACUUUGGUUGGAUUAGCAAAUCGUGUGUUUAAACAAAUCCCAUAUGUUGGGCAACAGUUCAAAUAAGCACAGCAAAGUGUUGCCCAAACAUGGUUCUCUGACUCUCGUAUUUGCAAGGCUGGGCUUCAGAAUCAAAACAAAAACCCCCAACAACAGCAGCAAAUGCUUUUCACUCUGGACACCCUUGCCAUGAAUUCUUUGAUAGUCAGGGUCUAAUGAGGAAGACAUGGCAAAUUAGUGGCCCGUUUAAAAAAGAACAAAAGCAUCGAGUGUUCUAAGUUAUCGUUGCAUCUUGUUUUUACAAAGUGAUGUCCCAACAGGGAAGAAUGUGAGCCUGUACGUGGUCUCCAAGUCCUAGUUUGAGAGUGGGACGUGCUUCCAGAUACCACCUAGCAGCAAUACCUUCCCCUCCCUAAAGGACAUCUUGUGUCAUUCAGAGUCAGGCAGGCAGUGUGAGGUGCCUCAAGGGGAAAGACAUGCCGGGUAGGGCUGGAAGAGGAUAAUUGUUGACAGUGAUGUGCAAUGAAGUGACAAGAGGAGAGCAGAAUAAUAAGAGCUUUGAAUUUGAAGUGAUUUUUUUCAUAAGUUAUUUAUUCCUUUCUUCUAUGUAAAUAUAUUUAUUUUACUGUGGAGCUCUAACAUCUGGAUCGUAAUGUGCAGAAUGUAUAUGGUAGGAAUGUAUUCUCUUGUAGGCAUGUCAAUCUGUAUUAAAGGGGGUCCGAGCCAGACCCCUGGGUCUUCUCAUCGUGUGCACAGUCCACAUUGAUUUUUACUCUCUUCUCUAGUGAAGGUCUAUUUGAAAUAUGCAAAAGGUAUGAAUGAGGAAUCUUUUAAUACCUCCAAAUUUUUAAGAAAAUCAAACAUCAAAGGGUUGAUAUUUUUAAACUUUUUUUAGUAACACCUCUUUAUGACAGAAGGGGCAACCACCCUGAAACCCUCCUUCACACCAAAGGGUGAGAAAUAACCAGAGCCUCCACUACACCUCGAGUGUCUUUAUCAAUCAAGCUUUUUAUUGCCAUAGCCCCUUGGAGUUUCCCAACUGCCCUGAGGUCAAUCAAGGAAAAUUUCUUAAAUAAAUUAGCUCCAAAGAGCUAAAGUAUCCACUUACAGAUCAUUUUUAAAGCUUAGAUUUAUUAACCACGUUUGUGGUAAACAAUCAAUUAUGAAUACUGCCAGGCAGCCUUCUUAAAUGACAGAUGUACAAAAAAAGAGACUACUUUGUGCAGCAAUUGUUAUGCUCUGUAUAAAUUGUCUUAAAUUUCAAAACCUUGCUGACCUGUUGGACCUUUAAACAUUUUUUGAAAAUACUGAAAAGAGCAUAUUUAGCCUGUUCUGGCUGUGAAUGGUUAACUUCCUGUAACUGCUGACGGCAGCGAGGUGUGUGCGUCCUGCUUGUGUAUAAUUGUUUUCAGUGCUUCUAAGAAUGAGUCUAAAGGGUUCUGAAAAUUAGCCAGGAUCUAGUGCUAUUGCAGACAAAGCCAAUAAAAAUUUUGGACAUCUUUUGGGGAUAAGUUUGGAAGAGAAGUGCAUCCACAGGAGCAAACAACCAAGAUUCUGGAAAAGAUUUACAUAGUGAGAUGUUUGCUGCAUGGUUUUUGAGGACGGCUUUUGUCAAACAAGGAGGUGUAACCUUCUCCCCCACCCCAGACCUGAGAGCUGUGCCUUUUCUAUGCAAUAUUACAAACGUUACAUCGGAACCCAGAUGGCUGUAUUCACACGUAGGUUUGGGCUGUAAUCUAAACAAUUGGACAGAUUAAAUGUACAUGGAAAUGAGCAGUCUUACUUUUGUAGUUUUAUAUUAUACAAUAAACAGUUAAAAGAUGA